AGAAGCAUUAAUCUUUGUUUUUAUCACUGAAUUUAGUAUAUUUUGUGGUCUGUUUUGCACAAAUAAUUUUGCUCUGAUCGCCGCCAUGUUGAAUUAGAACUUUUGCGCAUGCUAACGUGGUCACCGCUGUCCAGAGAUCAAAUAAAUUUGAUUUGCACGUGGGAAUGUUUUGAAGUAAUGUUCUCAAGUAUUUCAUUCGUGUAAAUAAAUAUUCAUUACCAGCUGUUGGUAGAAAUUCUAACCAGUUAUACAAGGAAGUGUAAUUAUUCACCAAAUAUUCUUCAAGUCGUAAGGAAAAUGAGUGAUGACAGUGGUAGAGUUUUAGCUCAAUUUAAGAAUGAAUCAGGAGAUCUUAUAGGAACACCAUUUGAUUUACCCUUGAAUGUCACUCCAGACCAGCUAGAACUGAUAUGUAAUGCUAUUAUACAAAAGGAAGAGACUGUACCCUAUACAUUCUUUGUCAAUGAAACAGAGGUCACAGGAAAACUUGAAGAAACAAUAGAAAAACAUUCCAUAGAAACAGAAAAAGUUGUAGAAAUUGUUUAUCAGCCCCAAGCAGUGUUUAAAGUAAGAGCUGUUACCAGAUGUACAAGCACAAUACCAGGUCAUACAGAAGCUGUAAUUUCUGUUGCUUUCAGUCCUGACGGAAGACAUUUAGCAAGUGGUUCUGGUGAUACAACAGUCAGAUUUUGGGAUGUGUCAACUGAAACACCUCAUUUUACUUGUAAAGGUCACAAGCAUUGGAUACUACAUAUAGCAUGGUCACCUGAUGGCAAGAAGUUGGCAUCUGCCUGUAAAAUUGGAGAGAUAUGCAUCUGGGAUCCUGAGACUGGCAAACAACUAGGGAAAGCAUUAAAAGGACAUUUGAAAUGGAUCACAUGGUUAAGUUGGGAACCUCUUCACAGAAACCCGGAAUGCAGAUAUCUAGCAAGUUCUUCAAAGGAUUCUACCAUUAAGAUAUGGGACACAUGUACCUUCAGUAUACAGAAAACACUGGCCAGUCACACUCAAUCUGUGACAUGUGUGAAGUGGGGAGGGGAGGGUCUUAUCUAUUCAUCAUCACAAGAUAGAACAAUCAAAGUUUGGAGAGCUGAAGAUGGUGUACUUUGCAGAACACUUCAGGGACAUGGUCAUUGGGUCAACCACAUGGCCCUUAACACAGAUUAUGCCUUGAGAACUGGAGCAUUUGACCCCAUAAAAGGACAAACUCUUGACAACUUAAACCAAGAUGCACUGAAAAAACAAGCUUUACAAAGAUAUCAAGACUUAAAAGGAGGACGUCCAGAGCGUUUGGUGUCAGGAUCAGAUGACUUCACUUUAUUUCUAUGGGAACCUGAAACCAAUAGUAAAAACGUUGGAAGAAUGACUGGUCACCAAGCUCUUAUCAAUCAGGUUUGUUACUCCCCUGAUGGUCGAUUGAUUGCAAGUGCAUCAUUUGACAAGUCUGUGAAAAUAUGGAAUGGAGACAAUGGGAAGUAUAUAACAUCUUUACGUGGUCAUGUAAACUCUGUGUAUCAGAUUUCCUGGUCAGCAGACAGCAGGCUAUUGUGCAGUGGAAGUGCAGACAGUACAUUGAAAGUAUGGGAUAUGAAGAUCAAGAAGCUCAUGUUUGAUUUACCUGGACAUGCUGACGAGGUUUACAGUGUUGACUGGAGUCCUGAUGGGACACGUGUUUGCAGUGGUGGAAAAGACAAAGUUCUCAAAGUGUGGAGAAGCUAAGGAAUCAAGUAGAUAUCUGGACGCCAAUAACAGAUUGGCAUUCUCAAUGUGUUGCCCUUUAAAACAUUUGAAAAUUGUCAUUGUAGAGUGAACGCACUUAAUCUGUGCAACUGUACAAACUAAAUAGUGCUUUUUAGUUGUAUUUAGUACUAAAUCGUGAAUGCGGUACGUAAAUGAAAUUGAGUUGAUACAAACGGAGCAUUCAAUACAGUCUUGCUUCAGGUCCACUUUUAGUACAAAUUAAUACUACUUAGAUUUUGUACAGUUGCACGGAUUAAGUGCAUUCACUCUAAAAUAACUAAGAUUCAGGUGGAUUCUCUUGGCUCAGUAGUGAUCUACAUCUUACAGUAGAGCCAAGUUAAAAUGAACAACUUUUUGUUUUUAACUUAGCUUUCCUGUGAAAAGUUAAUAUGUAAAGAUUAAGAAUGUAUCUGUUGGAGCAUUUAUCUGCAAAGCAUUAUUUGACACAGAAAAUCUACAGUCAUUUUAACACACUUUCGCUUUAUUUAAUAUUUAACUUAGUUACAAAAUAAUGUUCUUGUUCUUUUUACUGAUUAAACUACAUGAAUAACUACACUUUAUAAAACUACAACUGGGAAUGCAUACUACUGAUAGUAUGGGGUAUCUAGAAAAACUGCUUCUUAAACUUGCUAAUCAAUGCAACAUGAAUAUUCUUAUUGCACCAUUACCAACCAAUAAUUCCUGGUUUCAUGCAAAAUUUAAA